UAAACAAGUUAGGAAACGCUCACGUUUCUCCUGUGAGUUUUUUAAUAAAAAAAAAAUUCCUGGUUGUGACAAUAUUCUUAUGAACUUUAUUUUUCAUUUCCUUUGUUAAUCAAAAUUUUGUUUCUAUAAAAUUUUGUAUUAAAAUAUAGUUAGGUAGUUAUUAUAAAUAACAUUCAAAACGAAACAUUCAACAGGAACUCCCUUCCUUCCUACCUUCAAAAUAAAACACACCAAUUCCUAUAGAGAUCCAAGAAAAAAUAGGCCAUUGAAGAGUUAUAGUCAAAGAAGGAGAUGGGAAGGUCACCUUGCUGCGAGAAAUCACACAUGAACAAAGGAGCUUGGAUUAAAGAAGAAGAUCAGCUUCUCGUUGAUUACAUCCGCAAACACGGCGAAGGUUGCUGGCGAUCUCUCCCUCGAGCCGCCGGAUUGCAAAGAUGUGGUAAGAGUUGUAGGUUGAGAUGGAUGAAUUAUCUACGACCAGAUCUUAAGAGAGGUAAUUUCACAGAGGAAGAAGACGAACUCAUCAUCAAACUCCAUAGCUUACUUGGUAACAAAUGGUCGUUGAUUGCUGGGAGAUUACCAGGGAGAACAGACAAUGAGAUCAAAAACUACUGGAACACUCACAUCAAGAGGAAGCUUCUCAGCCGUGGGAUCGACCCUAACACCCACCGUACGAUCAACGAAUCCACAAUCCCUCUUCCGAAAACGGCGGCGUUUCUUCUAAAUGACGAGCAUGUAAAAUUCGGUUUCGCUGGACCGGAUGAACAACGGACGAUUAAACCGGAACCGAUGGUGGUAGACCGGGAAGAGUAUAAUAAUAAGAACAACAAUAAUAACUGCACAAGCAGCGGAACGACGUCGGAGAAGGAUAUUGAGACAGACGACGAUUAUGUACUCAAUCUGGAACUCUCUGUUGGACUAGCGACAACGACAAAGAGUAAUCGGUACGAGUCGAAUCGAUCGGAAAGUGAAUAUGACUCAGCCGAGUCGACUCGAUGGUGGGGAUCCGAGUUGUUAGGGUCUCAGGAUGAGGUGUGUUUGUGUUGUCGGAUAGGGUUUCGUAAUGAGUCGUGUCGGAAUUGUCGGACCUCCGAUGUUAGAACCAUUUGUGCAUAGAAAAUUAUAUAGAAA